AUGGAGCAGAAACAACCGAAGGAUGAGAGCAGCGCCAAGGGGCAAGAGUCCCUGUCCUACCAGCGGAGGAUGUGGAAGAAUUUCCAGGAGAAAACCAAGCCUUGGCUCAGUCCUAAACUGGGAUCGGAGCGUCGGGGUGCCGGGGGCGCGGAGGGCAGCAAAAAGGAAUCGGGGUUGUGGAUGUUCAAGAGGAAAAAGAAACAGCUUGAUCGGGUGUUUUCGUCGUCUCAGCCGAAUCUGUGCUGCUCUACCCCGGCGCCUUUUGAAGGAGAUAAGAAAUCCCUCGGAAGCGACGCUAUGCCCGGCACCAGCAGCGGCGGCCAGCCGCUGGUACAGCCCCUUGGCGCAGCUUCUGGAGCCACGGGGAGCAAACCCGAGCUGACGGCGCACGGAAGCCCAAAGCUCCCCGUAUCCCAGCUGAUCAUGUACCAGCAGAAGAGCUCCUCUCUCGGCUCGGCAUGCUUCGAGAAGCUGGUGGUGGACGCGGCCGCGGUGAUGGGAGAGGAGGAGCAGCUGCGUAAAAACGCAAGUGAUUCUGGCAUCAACAUAGUGGGGCCCAGUAAUGCAGAGCCGACGCCUCGACCUCCUAGUCCAGCCAUGUACCAGCUGGACAUCGUCCUAAAGAAAGGGAACAACCUGGCCAUCCGUGAUAGGACAGGGACCAGUGACCCAUAUGUGAAAUUCAAGAUUGCAGGGAAGGAGGUGUUCAGGAGUAAGACCAUCCAUAAGAACCUCAAUCCAGUGUGGGACGAGAGAGUAAGCCUGCUGGUGGAAACCCUGAAGGACCCGCUAUAUGUCAAGGUUUUUGACUAUGACUUUGGACUUCAGGAUGAUUUCAUGGGCUCAGCAUACCUCCACCUGGAGUCACUGGAACAUCAGAGGACACUGGAUGUGACGCUGGACCUGAAGGACCCACAGUACCCUGAACAUAACCUGGGCAGCCUGGAACUAGCUGUCACUCUGUCACCAAAGGAGGGAGACAUGAAGGAUGCUACCAUGCUUUUGAGAAGGAACUGGAAACGAUCUAGUAAGUAUCAGAGUAUGCGUCUGUCAGAUGUGCACAGAAAAGCCCAGCUGUGGCGAGGUAUAGUCAGCAUCAGUCUGAUAGAAGGUCGCAGCCUCCAGCCCAUGGAUACCAACGGCCUCAGCGACCCUUAUGUCAAAUUCAGGAUGGGGCACCAGAAGUAUAAGAGCAAGACAAUUCCCAAAACGCUGAACCCCCAGUGGAGAGAGCAGUUCGACUUCCACCUGUAUGAUGAGCAGGGAGGCUUCGUGGACAUUACGGUCUGGGACAAAGAUGCUGGCAAGAAGGAUGACUUCAUGGGAAGGUGUACCAUUGACCUGUCGCUUCUCAGUAAAGAACACACACAUAAGCUGGACCUGCCACUGGAAGAAGGUGAAGGUGUGCUGGUGCUGCUGGUUACACUCACUGCUUCCGCCGCUGUUUCAAUCUCAGACCUGUCAGUCAACAUGCUGGACGACCCGCAUGAGAGACACCAGAUCAUGCAGAGAUAUAGCAUGUGGAGGUCCUUCCACAACCUGAAAGAUGUCGGUGUGGUGCAGGUGAAGGUCAUCAGGGCUGAGGGACUGAUGGCAGCAGAUGUCACAGGUAAGAGUGACCCAUUCUGUGUGGUGGAGCUGAGUAACGAUCGGCUGCAGACGCACACUGUCUACAAAAACCUCAACCCAGAGUGGAACAAGGUCUUCACUUUUAACGUGAAGGACAUCCACUCGGUCCUCGAGGUCACUGUUUACGACGAGGACCGAGACAGAAGUGCAGACUUCCUGGGGAAAGUGGCGAUUCCUUUACUAAAUAUCCAAAAUGGAGAACGCAAAGCCUACGCCUUGAAAAGCAAGGAGCUGACAGGGCCAACAAAAGGGGUCAUCUUUCUCGAAAUAGACGUGAUUUUUAAUGCUGUGAAGGCUGGUCUCAGGACGUUGAUUCCCAUUGAGCAGAAGUAUAUCGAGGAGGAGCCCAGAGUGUCCAAACAGCUGCUGCUGCGCAACUUCAACAGAGUUCGGCGCUGCAUCAUGUUCCUGAUCAACACAGGCUGCUACAUCAACAGCUGCUUCGAAUGGGACUCUCCCCAGAGGAGCAUCUGUGCUUUUGUGCUUUUUGUCAUUGUCGUUUGGAACUUUGAACUCUAUAUGAUUCCUCUGGCUUUGUUGCUGCCUUUGGCUUGGAACUACAUUCUCAUCGCAUCGGGGAAGGAUACCAGGCAAGAUGUGCAAGCAGUGGAGGACCUGCUGGAGGACGAGGAUGAGGAUUUUGACAAAGAUGACAAGGACCCUAAAGCAAGCCCCUGGGAGGACAGCCGUGAUAAAAACCAUAUCCUCGAGGAUAUGUUGGCUUCCUGGCACUUUGAGUGGAUACGAGCGAUGGUGGACUCGGAGAGAAAGGGCUUCAUGAACAAGCUUUAUGCCAUUCAGGACGUGUGCAUCAGCGUGCAGAAUGCGCUGGAUGAAGUGGCCUCCUAUGGCGAGAGGAUAAAGAACACAUUUAACUGGACUGUGCCUUUCUUAAGCUGGCUGGCUAUCGUGGCUCUCGGAGUGGCCACCACCAUCAUCUACUUCAUCCCUCUAAGAUAUAUUGUGCUAGCCUGGGGGGUGAAUAAAUUCACCAAGAAGCUGCGAGACCCUUACACCAUUGAUAACAACGAGCUGCUAGACUUUCUGUCCAGAGUGCCCUCAGAUGUACAAGUGGUGCAGUACCGAGAGCUGAAACUGGAUCCCAAUCCCAGUCCAAAUAAAAGGAAGAAAAACAACCCCGGGUAGAUGACUGUGUCCGCCCACCAACUCCUCUCUUCUCCACUUUUCUUCUCGUG